AUGAACUUGGAUUCAAUCAAUGGUCAAGACUUAACUGGAGCUUUUAAAAUUACAAAUUUAUCCGUAUCUGGUUUAUUAGUAUGUAAUCGCUAAAAACACUUGAUUUAUCAGUAUUAACCAUAUCAAAAUUAGGUAUUAGGUGGUCUUUCACAAUUAUUUCAUGGAUUGUAAGUAAUCAACAGAGUGAACUAGUGUUAAAUAAUACUAACUCUCGUCAUAGUCACUCAGUAUGUAUCUUGAAAGUCAUGUAUUGGGGUCAAUUCUAACAAUUUCUAGUUUUUAACAGGUUUAUUUAUUAUAAUAUUUGGUGGUGUCAUAGGUGCACUAGGUAAGUAAAUAGAAUCGACAUAGUCCAGUUAAUUACUAACCUUCUUAGAAUUUAGAGUACCUGCUGAAGCUUACGCUUAUGCUUCAUUUUUAUUUUCAUUCAUAGGUAGAGGAAUUUGUAAGUAUCAGAAAAAUAACACUCGGUUAGAUAGAUUAUUAACAUCCUUUUUUAGUUUAUAUAUUUCUUGGUGUAAGUUUAAGCGGUGGUUCAAUUUUUAGAAUUUUAGCUGCUAUUGUUAUUAUAUUGAUUGGUGUGGUUUAUAUUGCACUUGAAACAAUACCAAGUAUAUCACCACCAGAUAAUAUGAAUCCAGAUGGUGCAAUGAUUGGAUUAGAAGAAGAAGUAUAA